CUGAAACUUUUUGAUACAGAGCCCUCCAUGUUUUCGAGCUCACUCUGCGUAAAGGAAAUCACAGAGAGAGGCUGAAGAGAUACGGGAGAUACGGAGACGCGGACUUGUAGCGCGCGCUCGCACGCGUAAAAGCGCACGUUUAUAUACUACACGUUCAGAUCCGGAACGCACGUUUUGGACACCGGUGCCAUAGCGGAGUGAUUGGAGCAGAUGGGGGGUGGUGAAGCUCUGAAACUCGGACUGUCUCAGCUGCUGUAGUCAAGAUUUUAGCACUGUCACCGGUACUGGUGUUCAUGUUCUCUGGUACUGGUACCGGUACUUGUACUGGUACUGGUAGCUACUGCUUGGUUUCUUGGUUCCUUGGUUUCUUGUCGCGUCCGGCUGAGAGUCUGCUUCACUAAUGGGACCUUCUGCCUGUGCCCCUCCGGGACGGAGCCACUCAGGACCCCUGUUAACCCCUUUCCCCCAGUCCAGAGAGUCUGCGUUUGGGACGGAGCCCAGCAGUCGCCUCGUAUGAGCCCCGGGAGGCCGGGAGAGGCACGAUGAUAAAGCCCAAAGUGGGUCGGAUGUUUCUGGCCACAUGCGUGGGAUCCUUCUUCAUCCUGAUCCUGUACUUCCAGAGCAACUCCAGAUCUGCAACAGAGCAGCUUUUUGGAAGGACCAGUGUACCAGGGAAAUCUAGGAGAACCCCUCUGCAGACGCUCUACAACAGUGAUCAGCUGGAUCAGUCUGCGGUGGCGUCGGUUCUGCAGGGUCGGCGAGGGCAUUUGGAUGAGGCGUGUCGCUCGUACAUCCGUAAGCGCCGCGUUUUGACCCCAGAAGACCUAAGGCACCUCAUCGUGGACGACAAGCACGGCCUGCUCUACUGCUACGUGCCCAAGGUGGCCUGCACCAACUGGAAGCGGGUGCUGAUGGUGCUGACGGGCGACGGCCGCUACCGCAACCCGCUGGCCAUCCCGGCUAACGAGGCUCACGUGCCUGGCCGCCUGCGCUCGCUGUCCGAGUAUAGCACAACCGAGAUCAACCGCCGCCUGCGCAAAUACCUCAAGUUCAUCUUCGUGCGGGAACCUUUCGAGAGGCUAGUGUCGGCCUACCGGAACAAGUUCACCCGCAACUACAACACGGCCUUCCACAAGCGCUACGGCACCAAGAUCAUCCGCCGGCACCGCGCCGACCCCCAGGCCGAGGCGCUGGAGAAGGGCAAUGACGUUUCGUUCGAGGAGUUCGUGUACUACCUGGUCGACCCACGGACUCAGAAGGAGGAGCCGUUUAACGAGCACUGGGAGAGGGUUCAUUCCCUGUGCCACCCCUGCCUUAUCCACUACGACGUGGUGGGAAAAUACGAGACUCUGGAGCAGGACUCACGGUACCUGCUGAAACUGGCCGGAGCCGACCAGGAGGUCCAGUUCCCCACCUCCUCCAAAAGCACAAGGACCACUGGAGACAUGGCGGCCAAAUUCUUCGACAACAUCAGCCCCUUCUAUCAAAAGAAACUCUACAACCUGUACCGAAUGGACUUCCUGCUCUUUAACUACUCAACACCAGCAUACUUAAAACUGAGAUGAGUCGGACUCCAGAGCCUUGGGCUCUUCUUCAUCUUCAUGCUGGUGUGUCGACACUGUGCCGAGAAGUGAUGCACUGAAGUGGUGAAGUGGUGGCUUGAUUCAAAUCUGUAAAUCUACACAGAUUUCUAAAGCCUUUCAAAGGUAUUAAUUGAUCCAAUACUUUUAGGGCAUUAAACAUUACGUACUGAAUUUGUACUGAAUUUCAAUACAUGCAAAAUUGACUCUCAGAUUAAUAUUACUGUAAUUUCCAGUCACUGGUGUUACUGUCACUAGUAUAACAGUCACUGGUGUUACUGUCAUUAGUGUAACAGUCACUUGUUUUACUGUCACUAUUGUUAUAGUCACUAGUGUAACAGUCAAUGGUGUUACAGUCACUAUUGAUGUAACAGUCACUGGGGUUACUGUCACUAGUAUAACAGUCACUGGUGUUACAGUCACUAUUAGUGUAACAGUCACUGUUUUUACUUUCACUAGUAUAACAGUCACUGGUGUUACAGUCACUAUUUGUGUAACAGUCACUAUAAGUGUAACAGUCACUGGUGUUGCAGUCACUAUUAGUGUAACAGUCACUGGUGUUACAGUCACUAGUAUAACAGUCACUAGUAUAACAGUCACUACCAGUGUUACAUUCACUGGUGUAACAGUAACUAUUAGUGUAACAGUCACUGGUGUUACAGUCACUAGUAUAACAGUCACUACCAGUGUUACAGUCACUGGUGUUACAGUCACUAGUAUAACAGUCACUAGUAUAACAGUCACUAGUAUAACAGUCAUUACCAGUGUUACAGUCACUGGUGUAACAGUCACUAUUAUUGUAACACUCACUGGUGUUACAGUCACUAGUAUAAAAGUCACUAACAGUGUUACAGUCACUGGUGUAACAGUCACUAUUAGUGUAACAGUCACUGCUGUUACAGUCACUAUUAGUGUAACAGUCACUGGUGUUACAGUCACUAUUAGUGUAACAGUCCCUAUUAGUGUAAUCACUAGUGUAAUCACUGGUGUUACUGCCACAGUGUUGCGGGCACCAAAGCAACAGGUCGUCACAAUGUUGUCCACAUCCCCCAAAACAAAUUUUUUACACAUUUGAAUCAGCCAAGGUUCACACUUCUUUUAGUGCGAGUGGACCCUCUCUCGGACUGUCGCUCACAUGGACGUCUCGGUGCGCUCGGUGAGCGUGUGCUGGUGUUUAAAUUCCACUGGUGUGCGUCGCCGAGUGGACGGAGGACGAGCCCUGAAUAAGCCAUGCUUCUCCCCGGGGGCGGAAAAAAAGCACCGCCGAGAACUGAUUACUAAUCGUGAGGUGCUGCUGUGUCCGCCCGGGCCUACCCACAAUGCCUUAGCCAUUCCCUUGGCUGUGCUCCGUACUGACUGACUGACUCAACCCCCAACCCGACUCUGUGCCUCUGUGACUCACUAAUUGAUCACUAAUUGAAGCGGGAUUCUUCAUUAGCUGACCGAUGCAGAGAUUUCUAUUUCUACAGUGUUUUUGUUUCCACAGCCCCUCCCCUUCCUGUUUAUUCUCUAGUCUCAUGUUUUAUAUGAAUUUCAUUGGUGAAUAUUUAUUGUAAAAGUUGUUUAUUGCUGUUGAACUGAAAUCAGCAGAGGCUUUACUCGAUGCUGUGAAUCUUUGUAACCUAAAAAACUUGACUAAUGACAAACAAUUCAUGCAUUUUCUUUUGUUUCUGUCUUUUUUUUGUUUGUUUUUUACUUUUUGAGUCGCCCUCUAUGGGAUAAACAGUUCAUGGAAAUUAAAAAUGGAUUAAAAAGUGA